GGUGAUUCUUGGUCCAUGGGGACUGGCUGUACUUUGGGGUAUUCAUCAUCUUCUUCUACAUGAGGUAGGUUAGUUGACCAGCCUCUGGACAUCUUUUCUUCUCUUCUUUUUGUUAUGGUGAGGAGGGAAGACACAACUGGCACUGUUGUAGCUUUUUGUUGAUUGCUAUUGCUUUCCAGGCUAUUGCUCUCCAGUUACAUAGAUGCAUCUCUCAUGGGGGGCAUGCAAGAAUUGGUUGGAGAGGACUCUUGAGGUCAAGGGCUUCCAUUCUGCUCAGUGUCCUGAGCCUGGUCCUGUGCGAGCACUUGUAACCUAUUACUGUAGAAAUUCCUCACCGGGCCAGCGGUCCUUCUCUGUUGGGUCCUGGUAAAGGGGGUCCAGUUUUCUCCUAGAUUCCCACUUGAUCAUACCAAAUUCUAGAAGGGCAAGCUGCAGUACUAAAAUAGCCUUUCUCUGUCUUUUUUUUCAAUUUGCUUUCCUGUAGCUUAGAUGGACAUAGGGAAGAUCAGGAAAACUCUGCACAAAUGGAAACUAACAAGAGGCUGCAAACCCACUAUCUAUUAGGCACUAUCUUAGAUCCUUAGCAUGUUGGAUUGUGGUAGAUUUAUUUCCCAUUAGAUCAAGAAUUUAUGGAAAGAAUGUUUGACUCUUGAGGAGUCUUCCUUGUCUCCUUUCCCAGUUUUUUAAAAGGUAGGAAAAGGAAAUCAGAAUGCUAGAGUGAAAACACUGCAAAUAAAGAACCCCUGCUGUUUGUAGUUCUAUUGAGAAUAUGGAGUACUAAUAUUCUUUGUGUUAUUAGCAUUAAACAUUCAUCACCAACUGGGAGCAAAAGGAAAAGUCCAAGUGCUGUCACUUGUUCUCUCAUAUUCCUAUGGGCAGAAGCACCAGAGAAAGCUGUUAGAGAGAAUACCGAGAAUAACUGAGCUAUCCUCGCUCCACUCCCAUGUCUCAUCGUCAUCCAUACAAUUCUGUUACCCAUGUCAGCAGAAGAUGCCCAAGACUGAAGACAGUGGCUUAUACUCUAGUCUAAGGGCUGCUUGAGCUCAGAACCUUGUCAUGUGUGACUUCCCUUCCUUACACUCAAUGAUCUGUCUUGGGGAACGCAGAUGAACCUACCUGCCUCUACUUAUCUUUCAGGGAUGUUGGAAGAAGACAAAUGAGAUCAUAUCUGAAAACCCUUUGGAAUAAAUGUAAUGUAUGAAUCCAGGGUGACAUUACAUAUGAGACACCAUCUUAAUCAUUCUUCCACCUGCUACCAAGAGAUGCCUUUGUGCUGGUUUAAAUAUAAUAGACAGAUGCAUGGAUCCAGGGAGUCUUGAAAUCAUGGUUCCGCUUGGAUUUCUACAUGAACUGCUAUUUCCUCAAGGAAAUGAAACCAUCUCUUUAUGUCUACUUCCAUAUCUAAGAAAUGGGCAGCAGAGGCAUUAUCAGGAGUGGGUUCGAACCAGUGUCCGACCUGAGCACAAGGAUUCCCCGCCAGAAGUUGGGAGAAGCUUUUUGGGCCAUGCCAGUUUUAAAGUGGGAGAGCUUCUGAAGUCAAAGGAGCAGCUUCUGUCCCUGAGCCUCAGAACUUCAGAUGGUGGCAAAGUGGUUGGCACCAUAGAGGUCAGUGUUGUGAAGAUGGGGGAGAUCGAGGAUGGGGAAGCCGACCACAUCACGGCAGAUGUACAGGGACAAAAGUGUGCACUGGUAUAUGAAUGUACAGCCCCAGAAAGUGUGAAUGGAAAAGAUAACUUACCUUUUUUGAAUUCAGUGUUAAAGAAUCCAGUGUAUAAAUUAUAUAGAUUUCCCACGGCUGACAACAAGUGGAUGCAGGUCCGGGAGCAGAUGUCGGAAAGCAUACUUUCUUUCCAUAUUCCUAAGGAAUUGAUUUCCCUUCACAUAAAAGAAGAUUUGUGCAGAACCCAGAACUAAAAAGAACUCGGUGAACUCUCUCCACACUGGGACAAUCUACGGAAGAAUGUCCUAACACACUGUGACCAAAUGCUGAACCUGUACCAAGACAUUCUGGCAGAACUUAGCAAGGAAACAGGGUCCUCUUUCAAAUCAAGCAGCAGCAAAGGAGAGAGAACAUUAGAAUUUGUUCCAGUAAACCUACACCUACAAAGAAUGCAUGUGCAUAGCCCUCACUUGAAAGAUGCUCUCUAUGACGUCAUCACCGUGGGAGCCCCAGCUGCCCAUUUUCAGGGAUUUAAGAAUGGUGGUCUCCGAAAACUACUCAAUAAAUUUGAAACAGAAAGAAGAAAUACUGGAUACCAGUUUAUUUACUACUCACCUGAAAAUACAGCAAAAGCAAAAGAAGUUCUCAGCAACAUCAAUCAACUGCAACCUCUGAUAGCAACCCAUGCAGACUUACUGCUUAAUUCUGCAAGCCAGCAUUCUCCAGACAGCUUGAAGAAUUCUUUAAAGAUGCUUUCAGAAAAAACAGAACUUUUUGUGCAUGCCUUCAAGGAUCAGCUAGUCAGGAGCGCUCUUUUAGCUCUCUACACUGCAAGGCCAGGCGGCAUCUUCCAGAAGCCACCCUCUCCUAAGAGCAGCACAGAGGAGAGCUGUCCCCAAGACCAAACCCUUCCGAUGAGAAGGCAAGACUCCAUACCACACCACUCAGACUAUGAUGAGGAAGAGUGGGACAGGGUGUGGGCCAACGUGGGAAAGAGCCUGAACUGCGUUAUUGCCAUGGUAGAUAAAUUGAUUGAGAGAGAUGGUGACAGCAAAGGUGGCAAUGGCAGCAGAAGCAAUGAUGGAGAAAAGGACCCUUCACUAGCAGACUCCAGCACACCUCACCCAAGGGAGGACUGGUACGCAGAGUUGCAUCCCCUUAUCCUGACCCUGAAGGAAUGCAUGGGAGAAGUGGUGAGCCGUGCCAAGCAGUCCCUGACAUUCGUGCUGCUGCAGGAACUUGCCUACAGCCUGCCCCAGUGUCUGAUGCUGACUCUGAGGAGAGACAUCGUCUUCAGUCAGGCACUUGCUGGAUUGGUUUGUGGUUUUAUCAUCAAAUUACAUUCAAGUUUGCAUGAUCCAGACUUCCUACGGCAGCUUUACACUGUGGGGUUGAUAGUACAAUAUGAAGGACUGCUAAGUACAUACAGUGAUGAAGUUGGAAUGCUGGAGGACAUGGCUGUUGGCAUUUCAGAUUUGAAGAACGUUGCAUUUAAAAUAAUUGAAGCCCAAUCCAAUGAGGUCUUGCCCGUUGUAACAGGAAGACGUGAACACUAUGUGGUGGAAGUCAAGCUGCCAGCUACAAUGUUUGAGUCGCUGCCUCUACAGAUUAAGGGAGGACAGCUGCUUCACGUGCAUCCAGUCCUUUUUAACGUCGGAAUCAAUGAACAACAAACUCUUGCAGAAAGGUUUGGAGAUGUCUCUCUGCAAGAAAGUAUUAAUCAGGAAAAUUUUGAACUUCUAAAAGAAUAUUACACAAUAUUUAUGGAAAAGAUGCCUCCUGAUUACAUGUCACAUUUUCAAGAACAAAAUGAUUUAAAAGGAUUACUAGAAAAUCUCCACCAAAAUAUCCAAGCCAAAAAAAGAAAGAAUGUAGAAAUCAUGUGGCUAGCUGCAACGAUUUGUCGCAAACUAAAUGGCAUUCGUUUCACCUGCUGUAAAAGUGCCAAAGACAGGACAUCCAUGUCAGUGACGCUGGAGCAGUGCUCCAUCCUGAGAGAUGAGCACCAGCUGCAGAAGGACUUCUUUAUCCGCGCACUGGACUGCAUGAGAAGAGAAGGAUGCCGCAUAGAAAAUGUACUGAAGAAUAUCAAAUGCAGAAAGUACGCUUUCAACAUGCUACAGCUGAUGGCAUUCCCCAAGUUCUACCGACCUCCAGAGGGGACUUACGGAAAGGCUGACACCUAAGUUUACCAACAAUAAACAGGAACACAAUGCAUUUCAGUUGGAUAAUCUCUACUUUGGUCUUUUAAAAAAAUUUUUUAUUGAUUUUGAAUUUAUGAACAAGAAGUAUUCAUGGACGUUUGUCCAAAUGAAGGAACUACUUGAAUAAUUAUUAGCAUUUUCUUGUGAAAGAAACCCAAUUUUAACAUCUUAUCUAGUUCUAAGUUACUUUGUACUCACCCUCCCUGGUUGAGAUUACUUCAGAAAGUGUAAACUUCAUUCAUGGAGUAUUUCAAUGAAAAAUUAUCUAAGAAAAUGCUUCCCUAGGACCAGAGGUGAUUCAGAGAGUGAUAUUCCCCACCAAAAUGAAGAGAGUCGAGCGAAAAGGGGAGAGAGAGUUUUUGUGAUUCUACUUUAUAUCCUUGAUCACAGACAAUCUUAGAGCACAUUUUUGGGCUUUAUGAAAUAUCAGUCUAGCAAAUCUAAAUUAGGUAAAGUCAAUUCGACCUUGACUAGUAGGCAGUGUACAGGUGUUUGUAAAGAACUUUGUCAUCCAGUCCAGCUGUGACUCCAGUUCCUAAAGAGGUAGAGGAAAAGUGUUAGUACAACAGUAAAUCUACAUUUCAAGACUAUGAUAUCUUUUCAAAGCUCCAAUGUGGGUUGUGUGACUCAACUGUGGAAGUGACAACGCAGAACACUUAACAGUGUAAUAGGCAAUACACUGCAAGGGACAGAAAGGUGAAUGGCCUGUUGAUGCCACAAAUGAAAAUCCCCAUCAGACUGAACUUUCCAUAGCGAAGUAUAAGAAAGUCAGGGAAAAAAAUCUUUGAAGUGUUUUCUCUCAGUCACAUGGGUGUGAGUGUGUGGUCUGGCACAGGUUAUUAUGUAUGACUAAACAUCUGAGACCUACAUAACCUAUAUAACCAUAACUAAUGCAAACCAACACAAUUUUAUAUUAACUUGAAUUUCACCUUUGUCUUUACUCAGUAAAAUAAAACCAGUUAUAAGUUUUCCAACAUUCCAAAUUAGUAAUUUCCUUGGAGAUCAACUUGUAUAAAACUAUUAUUCAAAAAUUUGGUAAAUUAUGGCCAAUCAGUCAUCUAGUUAGAUAAUUGCAGAAUCAUGGUUGCAAUUGCUCUUUUACUUCUCACUCUUCUUAUCUUUCUAGCCCAUGGUGGUUUGUCUCUUCUCCAAAUUACUAUGCUAUUUGGAGAGUGCAUGAAAAUUGAGGAAGAAGGCUUUAAAUAGAAUUAGGAUUUACCACUAGUGUUGAAGUUUAGCGUACAAAAAUCUGAAUAAAGGAAACCUAUUUUCUUCUAAAUGUUAAUUUUUUUUGUUUGUUUUGUCAUCAUUGAAGUAUGCCAUCCAAAGCAUUAAUCUUCUUUGGAAAUGCCAGAGGCUUAUUGCAGAGACAUCUCUUAGCUGUGACCAACACAUUCAAUGGAUGACAUUGUGAGGCUUUCUGUAGCUGAUAUGAUAUGUCCUUGCCGAAAAUGCUUGGUGACAUAGAAUUUGAACAGAUCUCCAGCCCCAUGUUGAGUUUUUCAAAUUGCUACAAAUUUAAGAUAAUAUUUUGAGACUUCAUGAUAAAUUGAUAAUAAUUUAUCAUCUUAGCAAAUAACCUGUAGGUAUUAUUGAAGCAGUUGUCAAACUUUUUACAGCUUUUUAAAUGAAAAUGAGCUGUGUACAUUGGAUUUAUUCACGGAAAAUUAUCUUGAUAUUCUGUUAUAACUUAUUCUCUAGUUCAGUGAUUAAAUACAAUCUUUGAAUUGUUUCAUUUUAUUUCAAUAUAGUAGAAUUUGUAAUUAUUUUCAUUAUCCUAUUGAAUUGAAAAUAAAAAGAAUGGGAUGACAGAGGUCUUCUGGAAUAGCUUUGAAGCUUUUCUCAUGUAACAAAUGGUGGUCUGGAUUCAAAGACACCUUAUGUGUUUUAGCAACAUAAUUUUAAGACAAUAGUUCUUAUUUAUAUUUUUAAAAAUAAAACCUCUUAACUUAAAUACAGGAAAAAGUAUUUAUUAUCUACAAACCAACAGUAGGGUUUUCUAUUUUUAGAAGAUAUUUUAUAGCUUUUUUUUCUUUUUAAAUAAAUGCUAGUAUAGAAGUCUUGAAGAGUAGAGCUUUCUGUAAUGCAAAUACAUAUGAAUUUUCAUUCAUUAUUACCAUAAUCUUGAACAUUUCCUAGAGAAAGCCUACAUUUGUGCAUAUUUCUGAAAGUGGAUUUUACCAAGAAAAUUUAUUUUGCAUAAACAGUAUUGCUCUUUUACUGAGAGAUAGUCCAAACAUCCUUGAAAGCCUCUGCACUAUUUUGUUAUUAUCUAGGUUUUCUGAAUCAAAUGUUAAACAAAAGAGUUUUAAAGGCUCCCUUGUACAAACACAGCCACAUUCAUGCUUUUCUGUCUAUAUUUUCAUUUAAAAGAUACACCAGCAGGCUGAUUUAAGGAGCUCAUGUUGAGCCAAAAAAUGAACCAAGAAAAUGACAUUUCUAAGCCACACAGGUUUUUUUGCUCAGACAUGUGUUUCCCUUCUACUAUCAUCAAGUGCAAGUAUCAGUUCUUGAUGGACUGUUUACAGAGCUCUAGAAAAAAAUAUAUUUAAAGACACAGAAAGGUACACCCUGAUUAUGGGUGACAUGGUGACAAAAGGUCCAAAGCACAGAAAUAUUCCCUCAAUUAGCUAAACACACAAGAUGGAUAUGUUUAACUGAAGGAGAUUCUUACUGCUUUAUUAGUUUUUCACAUUUUUUUCCUUGCAAACAUUGCCUUGAGUUUUGUGUCCACACUGCUAAAACAUCUUUUGCAUGCAAAUAAUUUAGUCAGUCCCAUAGUGCAUGGGGUCACAGUAACCAUUUGAUUCAGGGAUUGGAUGAUUCUAAAACAGCCUACUGUCCAGUUAGGGCAAUAUUCUAUGUGGCCAACCUCUAGCCAUUUAUAAGACUAUCACUUCUUCUGAAAAACUGUGAAGCCUUGAAAGCUAGCAUUACACAGAGGAUGCUUCCCUUUUUUUUCUUUAAGUAUGCUGUUUUUCAUAAAAUGAGACUCAAGAUUGAAAAGGAAAAAAAUCAGAAACUGUGAUUUGUGUAGAGUCAUCAUGCUUUUCUCUCUCCAAACAAGUCAAAUCCCUCUCUAUGUGAGGGUUGAUACUGUGCCCAGAGAGAAGGUUACACUGGUAUGCUGGAACUGGAUCUUGUUGCCUUGUGAGAAUUGAUCAUUAAAUUAUUAGGAAUUUUAUAAGUUGGUUGCUACACACAACCAUGAUUAUAUAUUAAAUUAUGAAAUACAAUUGGAUACAUUUUAUUAAAACUAACAUUGAUAAUCAAAGCUUACCACUUGCUAAUUUACUAAAUUUUGCUAUUUAUCUGUGCUUUGGGUUUAGCAAGCUCUUGUGUGUCUUUUCUGUGGAGCUGUUAUAUAAUAACAUGCUAUGGUCGGAUCUCUUCCUGACGCCGCCACAACUAGAAAUACCACAUUGGCAUCGUGAAAUUAGCCACUGUGGGAAUAUUUACACCAGGGUAACUGAAAAACGCUAUAAACUAGGACAUUUAGUUCCUGGAAAGCCAGUUGUUAAACCUAUACUAGUGCAUAGUGGAAUGACACAAACUUAUUAAAUGUAAGACAAACUUAUUAAAUGGCAUUAAAUGUAACAAGUCAUUUUCAGAUAGAUGUUAGGGGUUUUAUCCUCUUUAAGGACUCCAAUUCUCAUUGAAACAUAUUUUAUUCACAAUUAAGUUAUUAAAUGAUAAGGAUGUUUAAGAACCCAUCAAUGUUGUGUUGAAAAGAGGGCUAGCAAUGCAGCUGUAAUGAGCAACAAUUCAGAACCAAAUUCAGAGAAAUGUUGACUUAGUCGAGUAUCCCGAAAAUGUGUUUUAUGAUCAUUUUUAAAAGUUUUUAAUUUUGGCCUUUGAUAAAAGAAGGAAAACUAUAACAUAUUACUGUACCUACAUUCUAAUAAAUAUAGCUCAUUUGAAACUCAAAUUGUUAUUUCAAACAAAUAAAACUCUGGAAGUCUGAUAAAGCACCACAGAUUUUGUAGGUGUCUGAUUUCUGAGUAACACAUUGUACUUCAAUAUACAGGGCACAUUUUGUAAUCUUUUAAGGAGUACAUUAACUUUUAUCACAGAUUUGAGAAACUGGUCUGAGAGAAACUGUGAUCAGCAGUUGCGGAGGGAACACAGAGCAUUCCUAAUAGCUGGGAGCUUUAAAAUUAUGCACUGCAAAGAAUAAUUUGCUAAUAAUUGAUGCAGUUGAUUGACAUUUUUAGCAUAAAUCCCCGUUCAUUUAACCCAGCUGCAAUCUGCAUAAGUUAUGCUUUUCCCCUCCAUGUUUCUGUUUCUUAGCUUUGUAAAGAAAGUUCCAAUAUAUAUCUUUUGUUUCUAUGGCAGUUUUAAAUUAGAACUUUGCACACAAAGGUGCUACCCAUAACAAAACUGUCUUUAAAAACAGGAAAACAAAAUCAAAUGUAUUAGAUAAAAUCUGACAGGCCAAUUAUGUAUAGAAGUAAGGAUAAGAAAUGUGCUUUUUCUCUUUCUAAGAAAUGGUGCACAUUAAUCACUCUUUGAAUUUAAUUUCUAAGCAAGUGAAAGUCCAAACCAUUUCUGAUUUAAAAGAAAUUAUAUCUGGCUAUUAGUAACAAAGCAAAAGAAAAAAAGUAUAAGGUAGUAUUAUUCCUAAAAUGGUACAUCCAGUCAGGGUUAUUGACCUUGAAUUUUUAAUUCAAGCAUGCAUAAUUGGAAUUAAAAAUUUUAAAAGAUAAACAAAUUCACAAUUUAGUACCAAGAGAGAAUCAAUAUCAAAAUAAAGACCUAAUAUAAAUGAUGUUGCCUAAGAAACCAUAUAUAAUGGUAUAUAUACUAAUAAACUAUCUUUUGUUAAAAACAGUUAUUUAGGAAGGUGUUAUUCUUUCACACUGAUACUAUGAAUGUAUCCACAAUUUGCUAAAAUCAUCUAAAUUAUUGCCCAGUUGUAAAAGGUCAUAGUCCAAUGGCAUAUCUUUAGUGAUGACUUACUGUGGUAAUUCUUUAUUUGCAGACAUUGGUGGCACAAAUUUUGCCAAGAUGCUAUACUAUCUAUAUAAUUGUUCUGAUACUUUUAUAUCAACUAUUUCUUGUUGAAGAGUUUCCACACUUUCAAAAGGCAGCUUGCAUAAGUUGAGAACUGUAUAGACACACAUUCACAGCAUGCUACAAUCCUUUUGAUGCAUAACUUUCUGUGUGAACAUUUCAUUAUUCUAUUUAACCUAGCAUCAAAUUUUCAGAUUCUUCUGGUACUCAUUUGAAGGGUUGGCAUUUGCUUUCUUUUUAUGUUAAAUAUACAUUCUAGAUAAAGCAAUAAUGUGUAUUCCUAGUCAAUGAACCACAAAUAGGUUCAACAUUUUUAUUAAUAUUUGAAGAAAUAUCAUUUUUGUUUUAUUG